CACCAUCGCCACCCAAUUGCGACUGCCAUCCUCACUCAACGAGGCCACCCAACUCACCGGUGUCAAAGACCCACUCGUGCAAAGAAAGAAAGAGCUUAUUAGCACACAAUUAUAUUGCACGAUGCCACUUGUUUCCGUUUCCGAUAUUCUGGGAACGAACCAUGCUCCAAAUGAACACGACUGUGUUGUGAUCCAAAAGUCUCUGUCUGAACAGGAACAGCUCCUUGAGCAAGUUCGAACACAAAAGGCUGAUCUUGAAGAGCAGCUUUUGGUCACUAGCCAACGUGAAGCCCAACUUGUCAAGUCCAUCGCUGACCAUCGUACGCUCCUCCGUGCAAGUCCUAUACGUUCUCUCCCUGCGGAGCUUCUGGGAGAAGUAUUUCUCGCUCACUGCGCACAAUACCCAAAUCUUGAUUCCGGUCGUCAUGAUGGUGUUGCUUUCCGGAAGAGUCGUCUACGACUCCUGUGGGUAUGUAGGAGGUGGCGGGAUGUGGCAUUAUCGAUACCCAGGAUUUGGGCGGUUCUGUCCGUGGAAUACCACGCAUUCAAUAGGCCUCAUUCAGAAGAAGCCGCAGCUUGGGCUUCGGUGCUUAAGAGAUGGAUAUCAUCGUCAGGGCACCUGCCUCUCAGUAUUAACUUCACCUUCACCGAGUCUUGGGAUUCACAUUAUCACAGUGACUACCAAAACAUUGCCUUCAAUGCUAUUUUUUCCCAACUACAUCGAUGCAAAUGUUUCAUCGGCAGAUUGGAGUUCGAUUUCAAUGGGCAUGAUGCUGUUCAUAGGGCACUAGACCAGAAUAUCCCAGAUGCUCCGAUACUUGAGACACUUUCGCUUCGCUCCUAUCGUUCCAGCUCCGCGUCACCCAUCAUCAACUGGCGGCGAAAACUUUAUGCCACAAUUCCUCGACUUCGUCAUCUAGACGUCGACAGUGCCAGUGGUAUUGUCUCCUUACCAGUGCAAAAUAUCAUCACGGUAAAGCUUGAAACAGCUGCGUUGAGCGAUCUCUUCUACCUUGUGGAAAAUGCGGCAGUCCUAGAGGAAUUGGAAGUGGGAGAGGUGGAACAGAGUAGAGAUCUUCGGCACAGCCAACGUGAUGCCCAUCGAUUGGACAGUCUAGUCAAUGUCCAUUUCCGGCAUACCGACAGUGCAGCGGUCAGUCGAUUCAUUGAUUAUGUGACGCUUCCUUCGAUCAGCGAGCUCGCUGUUCGAACGAGCUCACCGUGGUCAGAUCCCGCUGCCUCAUGGCCAGAUAUCGAUAUCUUCAUCCGUUUUUUCGAGCGAUCAGCGUGUUCCUUGACCAAAUUGAUCAUCGCGGCUCCUGAAGUCGACGAACGUGGGUUUCUUCUGGGUAUACUUCCCUCCGUUCCGUCCCUCCAAGUCUUGCACAUCGAAAACGAAGAUUACGACGUGCCCUUACUUCUUCCAUCCUCUGUGAUUGAGUAUCUCACCGGCAAGCCCAAGAGACAGAACCUUACGGCACUCACAGACCUACGAAUUUCUGUACAGCUGCGUCAAAUGACCGGUGUGAAGAAACUCCUCGAUUACCGUCAUACGAACUGGGGGACGCUCGGAGUAACUAGGCUUAGUUGCUUCUCGGUUAUCGUUGUAGCGGCGCGGCUCUCUACAGCUCAGAUGAAAUCUCGAAGACAGCAGAUGCGGGAAGUCUUUAGCCCCUACCAGAAGGCCGGUCUAAGUUUGGCGUGGCGUAUUCAGAGCCGGUGAUUUUUUUUCAUUUAUAUAUCCGCCUUAGAAUGGCAAGAAUAUAUCUCAGCUAUUUUUUUUUCGGCCA